AUGACAACAAAAAAUCUAUCAACAUCAUUUAAAGGUAAAAUUAAUGGACAACGUUUACCACCAAUUCCAAUUACUAAUGAACAACCAACAACAACAACCACAGUAACUAAUGGAGAUCUGCCAACUUCAAUUUUAAAAAAAUCAAAACCAUUAACAGCAGAUGUAACAACUGAUGAUCGUAUACUUCCUCUUGAUGAUGAUGACCUCGAAACUUCACGAGUUAUAUUUCAAAAGUCACAAGCAGAUGUACUUAUGUUACUCGAUACUUAUCCACCUAAAACUUGGACAGUUCCAAAAUGUUUAAAAUCAAGUUAUGAACAUAUACUAGAUCAAGGUCGAAAAUCAAAUCUAGUAUUUGAUGCUCCUUUAUCUUCUGAUAAUCAACAUGAUGAUCCAGUUCAUGCAUUUCCAUCACCUAUCAGUGAUCGAAUUUCAUCGUCGCGUUAUUGUCGUCGGUCUGUUAGCAGUGCUUGCAGUCGUCGUUCGUCAAUUCUUUUUCAACGUCACACUGGUAUUCCUGUUGAUUCAGUACAACUUCGUCGUGAAGAUACGUUUGACACAGUAUGUGAAAGUCUUACUGGAAGUAUUCGCCAAUCAUAUACACCUUUACCACCAAUACCAAUUGAUCCACCUUCCAACUUAACAAAAUCAUUAACAAUUCCAUCAACAAAUCCACCACCAAGUAUAUCGCCUCCAUUAAUUACUGCCGAAGAAACAUCGGCUAUACAAGAAGAAAAAAAAGAAUUUACACGACGUUUACUUUCGAAAAGUCUUCAUCGUGAAUCGAAUAUUCUACCAUCAGAUAAAACUAUGCAUUCUCCUACAGCUAUACAGAAAACACCAAUAGUUAAACCUAUUGUUGCACCACGAUUACAAAAACCUAUUGUUGAUAAUCGUCGUGUACAUAGUGUUGAUCGGCAAAAUCCAACAGUUCCUAUUCGAAAUAAAAUUCCAACAACAACUAAUAAUAAUAUUGCAACGAAUACAAAUAAUCAACGUCUAGGAAAAUUUUCUUUAGAUAUUUUUCAACCACAAUCUAAAUCUAAUAUUACAACAAAUAAAAAACCAUCGAUAAUAAAUAAUAAAACAAAAAUUUCAACAAAAACUAAUGUACCAAAAGUUAAAAUUAAUCCAACAAUACCCGAUGAAGAAAUCAUUCAAUCUAACAAUGACGUCAUUCCUUCUUUUCCUACGGCUGCAUCUAUUGAAACAACUCAAAUAACAAAUACUGUCAAAACAGAAGAAUUACCUUUUGCAAAUGUAAAUGUCGAACCUGUUUCUCAACAAAUCGAACAAUUAAAAUUAGAUAUUCCUACUGAACCAAAACGUCAUUUAUCACCUCGUUCGAAUUCAAAUUAUUCACGUCAAUGUUCAAAUCCAGUACCAAAACCAUUAUCAUUAGAAGGAGAAAAAACAGUUGAUGCUGAUUAUCCACAAACAAUAACAAGAGCUGUUACAUCUACAAUAAUUAAUUGUCAACGACGAGGAAGUUUAAAAGGUCAACCAUUAAUAACUGAUUUAUUUGAAGAAUCAAUAAUUGAAACACAAAAGUCUAUCGUAAAACCUGAACCAAUACAUCAAACAAAACUAUUAGCUGCUAAAAUGAAAAAACAACGAAGAAAUUUUAUUAAAAGUCCCAAACUAAAAAAGACAAUUAUUACAAAUAAACCUAAAAUAUUAGUAAAAGUUAUUGAAAAAACUGAAAUGAAAUGUCAAAGUACAAAUACAGAAAUAAAUCAAGAAGAAAAAACUAAUGAAAAUGCAAUUAUUAUUGGCGGAACUGAUUGGGUCAUGACAGUUAAACCACAAGUUAUAAAUCAAGAAGAAUCUGUACUUUCACAAUUAUUUCAAAUACCUACAGUAGAUGAUGAAGAUAUACCAUCUUGUCCUUCACCUACAGAUCAUCUAGAUGUAUCACAAACAACAGUUAUGACAAGUUUUGAUGAUAUUCCGAGACGAAUUAGUAUGGAAUCCUUACAAGCAGUUGAAAUCAGUCCUGUUUUAACUCAAACAAUCGAACAUCCUAUUGAACCAAUAUCUCAAACUUCUCCUCAACCACCAAAACCAAACGAAUCUUCACUUAUUAAUUCCGAUAUUCGUACUGUAUAUGAAACAGUGAAAGAUUCAAUACGUAAAGAUACAUCACUUCGUUCAUUACCAUCACAAACAAAUGAACAAGACAUUGUACUAGUCAAAUCAUCAAUACCAUCAUCAACAACAAGUACAUCAGCUAAUAAUAAAACAUUACCAUUUGAACCUUCUGCUAGUAUUACACAUACAUACAAUAAUUCAGAUACGGGUCUUUCUGUUCGACCAGCUUUUCGUGUUGUCAAUGAUAGUUUAAAUAGUCGAGGUAGUGAAACCAUUGAUUCAACAAGUAGUCAUGAAGAUUAUAAUACAACACCAUUAUGUACUGAAACUGAUUGUGAUGAUAUCUAUCGAACUGCUCGAAAAGGUCGACAAGUUGGACGAGGAGCAUAUGGUAUUGUUUGGUCAUAUUUGACAAUAACUGGAAGAAUGAUUGCUGUUAAAGAAAUCGAACUUGAUGAAGGUGACAGUGAACGUGUACGUAAUGAUUAUGAAUCAGUACGUGAAGAAAUUCAUAUACUUCGAGCACUUAAUCAUCCAUAUGUUGUCAAAUUUCUCGGUAUCUCAUUAGAAAAUACACGUUUGAUAAAAAUUUUUAUGGAAUAUCUUCCAAAUGGUACUAUUGAAAAUUUAUUAACAGCUUUUGGUCCAUUUCAUAAUGAUGUUUUAAAAAAAUAUACUCGACAAAUUGUUGAAGGUGUUGCUUAUCUUCAUGAAAAUGGUGUUGUUCAUCGAGAUAUAAAAGGAAAAAAUGUUAUGCUUGAUGUUGAUGGUAAUAUAAAAUUAAUUGAUUUUGGUUGUGCAAAACGAUUAAAGAAAAAUCAAAAUACACAUUCAAUGCGACAAAUACUUAAAUCAAUGAAAGGUACAGCUAAUUGGAUGGCACCUGAAGUCAUAGCAGAGACUGGACAUGGAAAAAAAGCUGAUAUUUGGUCAAUAGGAUGUACCUUAUGUGAAAUGGCAACAGGAAAACCACCAUGGGCAUCUGAACAUAAUCAUUUAGCUGUUUUAUUAAUUAUUGCUAAUGGUACAAAACCGCCGGCUGAUUUACCUGAUACUUGUCCAGCAACAGCUCAAGAAUUUUUUCGUUUAUGUUUAACACGUGAUCCAACAGCAAGACCAUCGGCAAAAGAUCUAUUAACUCAUCCAUUUUUAACUUCUUGA